AGCUCAGCCAGUAGGGAUCGGUAUAGACUGUGAGUGCAGCUACAGCAGUCAUGGCUGUUGGUUUCCGGCUUACAAGUAUAUUGCUAGUUUGCAUGUUGAGUGAGCUGGACCACUCCUCAGCUUUUCCAAGAGCCAGAAGUUCUGUUUAUCCUGAAACAUGGCAGGGUUUAAGUGAAAAACCACAAGGGGGAUAUAAUUUUGGGAAUCGUCGCCCUCUCCAGUACGUCCAGGCUCUGAGGCAGGCCCACAGAAAACUACAGCCCAAUAUCCAUGAUCAGUUCGAGGUCAAAACCUGGCAAAAGCCUCAGGGAAGUUCUUUGAGCCAUGCACAGAUCCAAAAUCACCCUGGAGUGUACCGUCAAACCCAGAGUCGGAUUCACACCAGCCUACCCCAGCCUCCAGCACUGGAAAACCAUCUGCUGCCCAAGCCCAGAAACUUUGAAUUCAGCCUAAAAGUUCCUUUUGCCAGUUCCCUGGGCCAAAACAAAGAGACAGAAACAAAAGAAACCAGUCUAGGCACUAAAAGUUCUGAUUCAAACAGUGGUGGAAGUGAUGGUGCUGGUCAGUAUUCUCAAUCAUACAGGCCAAGCAGUGUUCAGAUCCACAGCAAUUUCAGCAGCCCCUCUGGUUUGGAUGCUUUUUUGGACAAAGGUUCUACAAAUGACCGAAACGGAGAAAAAAAUGCCCAUGAAGUUACCAAGCCAAGCUUUCAGCUUAGUCUGUCUGUUCCCAUUCCAACUACUACUCAAUCUUCAAAACCCUCCAGCAGUAAUGAUGGUUAUUCUGAAAAUCUAAAAAGACCAGGAACUGCUGGUUUUGUUCAGAACAGUUACACAGAGCCAUCAAAACCACUGUUUAGUUCAACACAGACUGGAUCAGGAUGGACUUUGUUAAAUUCUGGUAAAACUGUGCAGCAACAAACAGAACAGCAGAUUUAUGAUCCAGUUCGCAAACCGAUUACCUUUUCACCUGGACAUGCUAGCCAGCAUGUAGCUCCCACUGAACAAAUCGGCCAGGAGUUCCAAGUGGACAUUACAGUUCUGGUCUGGUCCAACCUAAUAACUAUGGACAGCGCCAACCUUGGCAGCCAGAUGGCCCUCAACUUACCUCUGCUUCUGAACAGGAUAACUACAGCCAGUUUAAACCAUCUUAUGGACAGAAUGUAG